AGAGCAGUGUUGUGGGAAUUGAAACAUGGAGCAUCGCUUUGACAGGGCGGCGGCGGUGCUUUCACCGCUCGAAGAGUCCAGCGCAGAGGUCAGCAGAGACAGCGGCAUCGUGUCCCAGAGCGCCAGCAGCCUGUCUAUGGUGAGCGAAGCCCUGAGCAGCGGCACCGUGUCCCAGAGCCCGAGCUUUGGCGCUGCGGUGGCCCAGAGUCCGAGCUCCGCAGCCGGAGAAAGCCAGGAGCAGAGCGAGCCCGAGCAGACACAAGACGACGAGCUGCUCAGACACACGGCACUCACAUACUCCUCUUACAUCAGAGCCAAUGCUGAAGAAGAGGUCCUGUGCUUAGAGAAAAGCCUAGAGGAAAUGCUAACAAGAGUUGACGAGUUUGUUGGUAUGCUUGAUAUGAUUCGAAAUGACACCUCACAAGUGGUGAAUGAAAACCUACCACAGAUACAAAGAAAAUCUGAAGAGAUGAGGGAGAUUUACCGAAAAAUUGACAAAUUGGAGGCCUUCGUCAAAAUGGUUGGAGCCAAUGUCAGCGCAAUGGAGGAACAAGUAACUCAAGUUGAAGGUGAAGUUGGAACAAUACCAGGAGCCUUCAAAAAGAUCUUCCGCACAAUGAACGUACCAGGUUUUUUAAAUAAACCUGCAAGCCCAAGAAGGCAGUCACAAAGACAUCCGGAGCUUCCCAGUGUAUUUCGGACAGAUGACUACUUUAAACCUCAGUCAGAGCAGUAAAGCAGAGACUUGAUGAAGAGCGAGUCCGGGGUUCUCCAACAUCAGCAGUGCUGCCUGCUUUCAGAUGCAAACAUUUCAGUCACUUUAUCUGCUAAUUAUUCAAACGAAUCCUGAUCAACGACAAGUGUUAUUUUAGUAGGCAGUCUAAUGGCAGCUAGUUUUAUAACCAACAAAAGCUUUGGUUUUUGAUUUUAUUUUGUUUUCCUGAAGUGCCUCUCCAGGAAGUCUGACACUGUUUCUUAUAAAUAGGAAAGCAUGCUGAAAGAAAAACAAGUCAGAACAUUAGUUAAAACGUUUAUAUGAUUUUUAUUCAAACUUGUACAUAGUUUUACAGCUUUAUAAUUUUGUUGUCCUUUCUUCCAGUGCUUGAGAUCUUUUUGCACUAUUUUCACAGUUGCUAUUUAUCACUGAUCGAUCUUAUUAAGGACUACAAUUCAGUGUCCGGCACGUGUUGACAAUUGAUAUUUCAUGAACACACAUGACCAGUGUAAAUGACACUGGGUUAUUAUGUAGCAUAAAGUGCCGCACUCUUCAGCCAAACAAACACCACAACAAAUAUUGUUUGUCAUGGACCAUUUACUUUUAUACUUAAAUGUCCAUGGACGGUUGUGUUCUGCUAAUUGUUAAUGAUGAGAAUUGUGACUAAUGAUUGUCUAUUUGUAAUAAAUUUACAGAUGUAGCCUAGAGCA